GAGGGCAUUUUCGUAAAUCCAUUCGUGUUAAUUCAUUAAAGCCGAAGCUCGCCAACGCCUUCGCCACUUCAAAAGCAAAAACCCUAGUGUGUGCCUCUGCUCUCCAAACUCUCCCAACCCCGCCGCCCCCCAUCUUUUGCUCUCAGUAGUCUCAGAUCUAAAAGAAGCGGAAAAAUGGUGAGAGUCAGCGUUUUGAACGAUGCUCUGAAGAGCAUGUACAACGCCGAGAAGAGGGGCAAGAGACAGGUCAUGAUCAGGCCUUCGUCCAAGGUCAUCAUCAAGUUCCUUAUCGUUAUGCAGAAGCACGGUUAUAUUGGAGAGUUUGAGUAUGUUGAUGACCAUAGAUCUGGAAAGAUUGUGGUUGAACUCAAUGGGAGGCUGAACAAGUGUGGGGUUAUCAGUCCUCGCUUUGAUGUUGGUGUCAAGGAGAUUGAAGGCUGGACUGCUAGACUUCUUCCGUCAAGACAGUUUGGAUACAUUGUGUUGACAACAUCUGCUGGAAUCAUGGAUCACGAGGAAGCUAGGAGAAAGAAUGUUGGUGGCAAGGUUCUCGGUUUCUUUUAUUGAGCAGAGUAUUAAACAGAUCUUCGUCUUUUUCAAAUUUUGGUUUAGUUUGCUGGGAUGAUUUCAUAGACUUAAUUCCCAAGGCUGGUAUUGAGAGUUUAUUGUACCUGGAUAUGACUUCUUUGUUUUGCUUGGAUUGACCUUCAUGUUAUUGCACCUUCGAUAUUAAUGUUAUUUUGUAUUCAUCAUCA